CUUGUUAGCCCCUGAUUAGUCUGCCGUUUCGAGAUUCGUGCCGGAACAAGCGAUUUAUGCCCUAUAUUUUUUGUGCGCCCACCUCUCCUUUCUUCCCCCGCGAAAACCUCGCCGCCGCCGCCGUCGCCUCCUGCGCAGCUCCGGGGCUCUAAAUCCUAGCCAUGGCGUCCUCCAUACUCUCCGACUGCUCCUCCGCCCGCCUCCUCCCCCUCAGCCGGACGCUCCUCCCGCCGCUGCCGCACCGCCUCCGCCCCUCACCAGCUCUAGCUUUCCCCAGGCGCCUAUUUGUAGCCUCCCCAGCCCAGCUGCUCUCGCGCCCGCGCCGCAUGGAUUCGGUCCUCGCCGCCGGCUCUUCUGCCGACUCAGCAACCGUCUCAGCCGACACAUCUUCCAAAGUGAUUGACGGCAAGCUGGUGGCAAAGCAAAUAAGAGAAGAAAUCGCAGUUGAAAUCGCCAGGAUGAAGGAUGCUAUUGGGGUAGUGCCCGGCCUGGCAGUCAUCCUAGUCGGCUCAAGGAAGGAUUCACAAACUUAUGUGCGGAACAAGAAGAAGGCGUGUGAAGCGGUCGGUAUAAAGUCUUAUGAGGUCAACUUGCCGGAGGACAGUUCCGAAGAGGAGGUUAUCAAGCACAUAGCGAGCUUUAACAGUGAUCCAUCUGUGCAUGGCAUCUUGGUUCAGUUGCCCUUACCUCGUCAUAUGAACGAUGAGAACAUUUUGAAUGCUGUUAGUAUUGAAAAGGACGUUGAUGGCUUCCAUCCACUGAACAUCGGACGACUUGCAAUGCAAGGUCGAGAUCCGUUCUUUGUUCCAUGCACCCCAAAAGGAUGCAUGGAGUUGCUACGCAGAUAUGGAGUUGAAGUAAAAGGGAAGAGAGCUGUUGUAAUUGGAAGAAGCAAUAUUGUUGGAAUGCCUGCCGCAUUAUUGUUGCAAAAAGCAAAUGCAACUGUCAGCAUUGUACAUUCACAAACUAAGAACCCUGAAGAAAUAACAAGACAGGCAGAUAUUGUUAUUGCAGCUGUUGGAGUUGCUAACUUAGUCAGAGGAAAUUGGAUUAAACCUGGAGCAGCUAUUAUUGAUGUUGGCAUCAACCCAGUUGAUGAUCCAGAAAGCCCUCGGGGUUAUAGGCUCGUUGGAGAUGUCUGUUACGAGGAGGCCUCCAAGGUUGCAGGAGCGAUCACACCAGUUCCUGGUGGUGUUGGGCCGAUGACUAUUGCAAUGCUUUUAUCGAACACACUUGAGUCGGCUAAAAGGAUCCACAAAUUCAAAUAACUGCACAAUCCAACACAAAGAAGUUGGAUGGGUGCCUAACCUUUGAUGUAGACUAGAAGCAAAGGUUUUGCGCAACUGUUUUAUACUUUUAUGUGCCUUCUCUUGGACCAGAAUAGUGCAACAGGAGUCAUAAAAUAAUUUUUGACACAGAUGUGACAUGAACCCCGGCUUGAUACAGUGUUGUAUUUUAUAAUGUUACGUGGAAUCGUAUUUGGCCAUCAGUAGAAUUGAGGUGAAUUUGGGAUGUCA